AUGCCGAAACACCGCGUUGCCUUGCAGCCUGCCAGCGGUCCACAGAGAGGACGAGGGUCUCGCGUGAAGAUCUUGUGCUCCUACAAGCAUUGCACAGCCCUGCGCACCGACUGCAAGAACAAGCCACACACAGCUGCAAUUGAUGACAUUGACGUCACGAAGACAAGAGCACUACACCCCCAAGCUCGUGUGGUGCGUUUCUGCAGUCAAGCGCACAGGGACAAGUGUCUGGCAAAGAAAUCCAACAAGCGCGGUGGACGCGAAGCUCUCUCAGCUCUGCAGGUGGCCCACCUCUUCAAGGUGAUGGCGGCUCGUUCCUCCUGGGCGGCGGUGAUGUUCCUUGUGAGUAUUAUCACAGGAGAACGAGCAGAAGCCGUAUCACGAGUACAGGACUCGUGGUUUCGUGGACUCGAUCCGGACAGCGGGGAGCUACCUAGUCUCCAGGUGCCCUUCGUCAAUAAGAAGACUCGACAGCACGAUGUUCCACUGAACAAGGACUUUGCCCGCUUGCUGUGGUCCUGGCUGCAUGCUGAGCCGCUGCGUGGCCUGGGAAUUGACAAUCAGUGGCCAUUUCGUGGCCAAGUACUGCACUUGAAGCCUUCCCGUGGCCGUGGCAGGAGGACAAGUCACUACCUCUUUCCUGGUCGACAGCUCGGUGGCAAGAACAUCCGAAACUACAGGAGACCUGUAACUACACGAGCGUACUACGGUGCUUUCAUUCAAGCCCAAGAAGACCUGAAGAAGGAACUCCAAGGGGCUCACCAGCAGGGCAAGCGGCACAUCUUCGAGGACAUCAACCUCGCCAAGGUGACUACGCACAGCGGGAAGAAAAGCUCAGUGACCCUGCUAAGUGAGGUCACGUCGACUAGCAUCAUAGCCGAAAUCACAGCGACAUCUCCGAGAAUCUUGGAGCAGAUCUACAUCUGUUCGACGAAAGCAAAACAAAGAGAAGCUGUGCAGCAAGCUUUCCAGGGGGUUGUUUCAGAGAUUAGCGAAAGCAACAUCAUCUCCGAAGCUCCAGUUCCUACUGCAUGCUGUGUCCGCUGCGGACGUUCUCGAGACGUUGCUGACUGGAAAUUCUGCCCUCGAUGCGGUACUGAGUUUGUGGCUCCCUGA